CCCGGCCCAAGUCGCUCUUUCCAUCGUUGACCCAAAUAUGUUUACAUCCAUCUGGUUUGGACACAGUGUGGAAGCUCGAGCCGUUUUGAAUAUGGCUGUCGACCCCGGGGGAAUACCUAAAAUUUGACGCGUUGAGAAGUCACUAGAAAGUCGAAUAUAUCGUUGACAUCGUUACUUUAAAGUUUAAACUUCGCAGUCCCUUUCUUCCACCCGCUCAUGUAGCUUCUCUCUCUCUCUCUCUAAAUGCCUUCUCUGUGAUCCUUGUGUCUCACGAGUCCUCUCUCUCUCUAACGCCGGCGGAGCUGAACUCUGAUAACAGAGCAAUUAGAAUCUACUCUCUCUCGUGAAGGAGUUCUGGAAAGAGUAGGUUAAUCAAUUCGCUAUAGAAAUAAAGUGCCAAUCGUGUCUACAAUUCCAGUUGCUUGGUGUUGAGUUCUAGUUGAUAAAAUUUCAAUGGAUUUAGUCAGUGGAGCAAUUAUAGGCGCUAUAGCGGGUGAAAUACUGAAAGCCUUGCUCGAUGCUACAAAUAUCGUUUAUGAAUGCAAAUCUCAAUGUGAAAAGCUGAAAUCCACUUUGCAACACAUUGUGCCAAAACUCGAAGACAUUGAGCAGUUACGGUUGCAACUAACUGAUUGCGAACCAGCUGACUUUAAAGAGUUGAAGAGCCGACUAGAAAGUGGUAAAGUGUUGGUAUACAAGUGUAUGAAACUUCGAUUUUGGAAGGUGCAUAAGAAAUAUAGUUAUGGAAAGAAGUUAAUUGAGCUUGAUGAGUAUCUGGUCAGAUUCUUUGAUCUGAAUUUGGCUGCUGAUACAAAUUUGGACACAAAACAACUUAGGAUAGAAUUUAAGGAGAUGAGGAGGUUACUUGAUGGGCGGGGUAUUGCAAGCGAGUCUUCCUAUGCUCUUCCUGGACUACCCGAUUGUCCUGUUGGCUUGAGUGAUUCUUUACGUGAGCUCAAGGCGAAGUUCUUUGCAGAUGAUGUUUCUGUUCUUGGAAUCUGUGCUCAAGGUGGCUAUGGUAAGACAACAUUGGCCUCAAUGCUCUGUAGGGAGGAGGAUGUGAAAGGUCGCUUCAAAAACAAUAUAUUCUUCAUUAUCGUUUCAAACUCACCUGAUGUAUUGAGCAGUCUGAAUGGAUUAUAUGAGCAACUAACCAGUCGAAAACCAGACUUCCGAAAUGUUGAAGAUGCAAGGAGGCAACUAUUACACAUUCUAACUAAGAAGGAGCCAGAACCCAUCUUAGUGGUGCUUGAUGAUGUUUGGUCUGAUACAGUCCUUGAGGACCUGCUAUUUAACAAGACUAAAGGAUGUAAAACACUUGUAACAUCGAGAAAUGUUCUUCGAUCGUUUGAUUCCAGAUAUGAAUUGGGGCUGCUUAAGGACAAAGAUGCAAUGUCUCUCUUCUGUCACUCGGCUUUUGCUAACAUAACCACCCCAGAGAGAAUAGAUGAGGAUCUAGUUUGGAAGAUAGUGAAAUAUUGCAAGGGCUUGCCAUUGGCUCUGAGAGUAAUUGGACACUCUUUGAGAUAUGAACCUGCAAAAAAGUGGAAGAUCAUUGAGCGUGAGUUGUCAAAAGGAAGCUCCAUCUUUGCCUCCCAUCAGCAACUACUACAUUGCCUUUCCACGAGCUUGACAUCCUUGAAUAAACCUCUCAAGGAUUGCUUUCUAGACUUGGGUUCCUUCCCUGAAGAUAAAAGAAUUCCUGCAGCUUCACUUAUAGACAUGUGGGUGGAACUUCAUGGCAUGGAUGAAGAUGAAGCCUAUGUUGCACUACUUGAACUCUCAAGCCGAACUCUUAUAUCGUUGGUAGAAAAUGCAAGGAAAGAAGCUGGGGAAGAGGAUGGCAGCUUUAGUGGGCUUUUUGUCCUUCAACAUGAUAUACUCAGAGAACUUGCCCUCCAUGCUAACUGUGACAGUACCAUUAAUCAAAAGAAGAGAUUGAUCAUGGAAAAAAGAGAAAACUGCCUUCCCAAGAGCUGGAUCGAACAUAAAGAUCAACCUUUUGAUGCCCAAAUUGUUUCCAUCUACACAGGGUAUAUGGGUGAGUCAGAUGGGUAUGAUAUGCGAUUCCCUAAAACUGAGGCUCUGAUCUUGAAUUUCUCUUCUGCAAAUUAUUGUAUACCUGCAUUUAUCAAGACCAUGGAGAAGCUGAAAUUUCUAUCCAUCACAAACCAUGGCACCAGUCUGGCCAAACUAAGUGGCUGGCCACCAUUUGAAUCUCUGCCCCAUCUCAAGAGGAUCAGGUUAGAGAGGAUAAUAAUCCCUUCCUUUCACAUGAAUUUGCAGCCAUUGAAGAGCCUGCAAAAGCUAUAUUUAUUAUUCUGUGAGCUCAACCAAUCCAUGUCUUGCUCUGAUCCAAAUGUUUCCAAUCAGUUCUCUGAGCUAAAAGAGAAUUCAAUGGACUAUGAACCCUUCAAAUCUCCUGUGUCAAAAGAUAUCCAAAUGGACCGUAAACCCAUUAAAUCUCCUGAAUCAAAGGAGAUUGAAAUGGACUAUAUCUCCACUAUAUUUCCCAAGCUAAAAGAGAUUGAAAUGGAUUACUGUGGGGAUCUCAGAGAUUUUCCUUCUUGGGUUUGCAGAUUGACCCAUCUCAAGAAAUUCUCAAUCACCAAUUGCCAUGAUCUAUGUAACUUACCAGAAGAAGUGGGUGGCUUGAGAUACUUAGAGGUAUUGAGUUUGCAUGCUUGUACAAGAUUGAGUGAACUUCCUAGAUCAAUAACCAGGCUUUCAAGCUUGAAAUUGCUUGAUAUAUCCGAGUGUUUGAACAUUGUUGGGUUGCCUAAUGAUCUGCAUGGUCUAAGUGGGUUGGAAAAGAUUGACAUGAGCCGGUGCUCGCAAAUUAGGAGGCUGCCUGGUUCAGUUGCAGAGCUAAGGGGUCUUAAGAAUGUGAUAUGCGAUGAGGAGAUUGCAAAUCAAUGGGAAGAGAUCAAGCUGCAAUCUCUUAGUGGACUUCAUGUGCGUGUUGUGGAAGAAGAGGCUACACUGGACUGGCUUGAAAGGUACAUACACUUUGUAGAUCUAAUAUCAGCUGAUUCAUGCCAACAGAGUUUACAAUUCCCAUUGCUUGGUGUUGAGUUAAUGUCAAUGGAUUUAUUCAGUGGAGCAGCUAUAGGUGCCAUAGCGGGUGAAUUACUGAGAGCUUUACUAGAUGCUAAAAAUAUGGUUAAAGACUGCAAAUCUCAUUGUGAAAAGCUGAAAUCCACUUUGCAACACCUUAUUCCAAAACUCAAAGCAAUUGACCAGUUACGGUUGCAACUAACUGAUAGCCAACCAGCUGAUUUUGUAGAGUUGAAGAGCCAACUAGAAAGUGGUAUGGUGUUGGUACACAAGUGUACAAAACUUCAAUUUUGGGAGUUGUUUAAGAUAUAUCGUUGUGCAAAGCAGUUAAUUCAGCUUGAUGAGUAUCUUGUCAGAUUCUUUAAUCUGAAUCUGGCUGCUGAUACAAAUUUGGACACGAAAUAUAUUAGGACCAAUACAAAGGACCUAAUAAGGUUAUUUGCUGGGCGGCUGGGUAUUGCAAGCGAGUCUUCCUGUGCUCUUCCUGGACUACCCGAUCUUCCUGUUGGCUUGAGUGAUUCUUUACGUGAGCUCAAGGCAAAGUUCUUUUCAGAUGAGAUGUCUGUUCUCGGCCUUUGUGCUCAAGGUGGCUAUGGUAAAACAACAUUGGCCUCAAUGUUCUGUAGGGAGGAGGAUGUGAAAGGUCGAUUCAAAAACAAUAUAUUCUUCUUUAUCGUUUCAAACUCACCCGAUGUAUUGAGCAUUCUGAGUGGAUUAUAUGAGCAACUAACCAGUCGAAAACCAGACUUCCGAAAUGUUGAAGAUGCAAGGAGGCAACUAUUAUACAUUCUAACUAAGAAGGAGCCAGAACCCAUCUUAGUGGUGCUUGAUGAUGUUUGGUCUGAUACAGUCCUUGAGGACCUGCUAUUUAACAAGACUAAAGGAUGUAAAACACUGGUAACGUCGCGAAAUGUUCUUCGAUCAUUUGAUUCCAAAUAUGAAUUGGGGCUGCUUAAGGACAAAGAUGCAAUGUCUCUCUUUCGUCACUCGGCUUUCUCUAACAUAACCAACCCACAGAGAAUAGAUGAGGAUCUAGUUUGGAAGAUAGUGAAAUAUUGCAAGGGCUUGCCAUUGGCUCUGAAAGUAAUUGGGCACUCUUUGAGAUAUGAACCUGCACAAAAGUGGAAGAUCACUGAGUGUAAGUUGUCAAAAGGAAGCUCCAUCUUUGCCUCCCAUGAGGAAUUACUACAUUGCCUUUCCACGAGUUUGACACCCUUGAAUAAACCUCUCAAGGAUUGCUUUCUAGACUUGGGUUCCUUCCCUGAAGAUAAAAGAAUUCCUGCAGCUUCACUUAUAGACAUGUGGGUGGAACUUCGUGGCAUGGAUGAAGAUGAAGCCUAUGUUGCACUACUUGAACUCUCAAGACGAACUCUUAUAUCAUUGGUAGAAAAUACAAGGAAAGAAGCUGGGGAAGACGAUGGCAGCUUUAGUGGGCUUUUUGUCAUUCAACAUGAUCUACUCAGAGAAUUGGCCAUCCAUGUUAACCAUGACAGUAACAUAAAUCAGAAGAAGAGAUUGGUCAUGGAAAAAAGAGAAGGCUGCCUUCCCGAGAGCUGGAUAGAACAUAAAGAUCAACCUUUUGAUGCCCAAAUUGUUUCCAUCUACACAAGCAACAUGAGUGAGUCAGAUGGGUAUGAUAUGCGAUUCCCUAGAACUGAGGCUCUGAUCUUGAACUUCUCUUCUGCAAAUUAUUGUAUACCUCAAUUUAUCAAGACUAUGGAGAAUCUGAAAUUUCUAUCCAUCACAAACCAUGACACCUGUCUGGCCAAAGUAACGGGCUUGUCACCACUUGAAUCUCUUCCCCAUCUCAAGAGGAUCAGGUUAGAGAGGAUAAUAAUCCCUUCCUUUCACAUGAAUAUGCAGCCAUUGAAGAGCCUGCAAAAACUAUGUUUGUUAUUCUGUGAGCUCAACCAAUCCAUGUCUUGUUCUGAUCCAAAUGUUUCCAAUCAGUUCUCUGAGCUGAAAGAGAAUGCUAUGGACUAUGAACGCACCAAAUCUCCUGUGUCAAAAGAUAUCCAAAUGGACUGUAAACCCCUUAAAUCUCCUGAGUCAAAGGAAAUUGAAAUGGACUAUAUCUCCACUAUAUUUCCAAAGCUAAAAGAGAUUGAAAUGGAUUACUUUGGUGAUCUCAGAGAUUUUCCUUCUUGGGUUUGCAAUAUAACCCAUCUCAAUAAACUCUCAAUCACCAAUUGCCAUGAACUAUGUAAGUUACCAGAAGAAGUGGGUGGCUUGAAAUACUUAGAGGUAUUGAAUUUGCAUGCUUGUACAAGAUUGAGUGAACUUCCUAGAUCAAUAACCAGGCUUUCGAACUUGAAAUUGCUUGAUAUAUCCCAGUGUUUGAGCAUUGUUAGGUUGCCUAAUGCUCUGCAUGGUCUAAGUGUGUUGGAGAAGAUUAAUAUGAGCCGGUGCUCACAAAUUAGGAGGCUGCCUGGUUCAGUUGCAGAGCUAAGGGGUCUGAAGAAAGUGAUAUGCGAUGAGGAGAUUGCAAAUCAAUGGGAAAUGAUCGAGCUGCAAUCUCUUCGUGGGCUUCAGGUGCAUGUUGUGGAAGAAGAAGCUAGUUUGGACUGGCUUGAAAUGUAAUUGAUAUUGUCUAUUUGAGUUGAUGAAACGCAGAGGGAGAUUCAUUUUAGCUAUAAGAUUGGUGGCAGAUCUUUCAGAUAUGAAAGGAGACAAUCGAUGGGGAUGAUACAUGUAGGAGAGGAGUCUUUUAUGCAUGCAUGUUGUAUUCAUGUUUGUUAGGUUCUUAUUUGUGUAUUCAUAUAUUUGAGGUUCCUUCGAGCUCAAUGAACCAAGAUUCAUCAUAUCUUUUCGAAUAAAAUAAACUCAGUAACGAGAGAAUCA